AUGGAGUACCUAGCCUCAAAAGCUUACCAUUUUAGCGUGUGGUCUAGCGAUCCGCAGUUGAUACAUGGCACAAAUAUAACGAUUAGGGCCCAUGGGAAAUGUUCAGUGUUGCGAUUGUUGCAAUACGUGCACCAUCUCUCUGUUCAACAAGGGAACGGUUCUUUCUCAAUGGGGGUUGAUGAAAUCCAGCUUUGCUAUAAAUUUGGGGCGCUAUCGAAAGAGACACAGUGCCAACAAAUUGAACCUAAUUAUCCUGGAGUUAUUAGAUUACGGUUGGAGAAGAAGAAGAAUAUCGACCGGUCACAAGAAAAUGGCGUCCCAAUAGAGUAUGAUCCUGAAAGUUUCUCCAGAACUUCGAUACUUGUGCAAUGUAAUACGCUGUCUGUGGAAAAAAUAUUCAAGGUAAAAUUGGAUGACGUGUACAUGUAUUCAACGGUGUCGCACUUGGCGAAAAUGGCUUUGGAAAGUUUGAACCAAUACGAACAAACUAGGAAUUUGAAUAUUUGUGCCAUAAAGGAACACACCUUAGAAGAUGUUGUUGCGCUUGAUAUCGCUGGUAGGUCUCAUGCAAUCCAUCUAUCUGAAUCUACAGAGGAUUUGACUUUAAGUGAUCUUUUGGGAAUCGACUUCGCCCCAGCUGCCGAUGCAUAUUGCACUCUUUUAUGCAAAGUGAAACAUAGUCAAGCGGAUGAUGGAGUGACCAUCGAAUUUGUCUCUGAAGCUAAAUUCACUAUGCAAAAGAUGGUAGUAAAUUCCGACACCACUAUAUUGGAUGUAAAGAAUUUCAUUUGUUCUGUGUAUGCCCAUGCACUACGAUUACAGCCUCACGAUAUUAAAUUAAUCUAUAAAGGGUGUAUCUUACAUGAAUUGAAUGGCGCAUCUAAUGAACCGAAUAGGAUUUUGAAAUUCAUUACUGAACCUACGGGAGCCAAGUUACAUGUUCACAUUACCCACGAAUACUCGGAGCCGGGGCCAGGAUUUUGGAAUGAGUUAUUGUUCGCUCCUGACAGAUUUGAAUUCAUGCCAAGAAGAGGUGACUCAAAUGGCAACAAUAACAAUGUCAAUACAAGCACUUCCACCAGCAACACUAAUACUUUCACAUCAGCUGGUAAUGCAAGACAGUCCGUUCCAAAUAUCGCAGUCACUAGCGGGCCUAACCUAGCUGCCAAUUCCGCAUUCGGUUCGACGUUAUCUAAUAGGUCUGAAAAUGAUUUGAACCACAAUUCAAAUCAAUUGCAACAAACAACAAAUUCUAGGUCACCAACACCUACUGCCACACCAACAAGGACUUCAGCCGUUCUCACGGAGCCAGAAGUUCCCAUUCUAAUGACUGAUGGAUUGCCAGUGACAAGGUCGUAUGAGACUUAUGAACGCAUAACUGUAGACGAUCAAGACUACAUUAUACCACAGUCACAGUUGGCCGCCCAGUAUUUCGAGCUACAAAUUGGCGACAAGACCUUAAGGCUCUCUAAGGACGAAAUCACCUUGGGAGAGAAAUGUAUGAAGUUGUCUGGAACUGCAAGAGCAGCGAUAGAAAACGCUCUUGGCGAAAAGAUUCAACGCAAUGAAGUACAGUAUAAUGUAGACGAAGAACUACUUCCCGACUUGCCUAACCCCAAUGCUGAAACUGGAGCUACAAAUCAACCAGCUGGCGGCAUACUAGCGCGGAUGAACAUUGGAUGGGAAUCACCACGGGUCAUUUUCCAAUGGAUCAUAUCAACUGUCACUGGUCGCAGUGGCUUUUUCCUUUUCCUUGCAUUUGAACUAUUCCCAAUAUUACCACUUUGGCUUUUCAAUUCCAUCGCGGGAAUAGUAGUGGCAAGACUGAUAUGGAGCAAGUUACAGUUGGGAAAGAGGGUCAGAAGGAUUGUUAUUGGUUCAUACGAUGAGAUGCCAACAGAAGAGAUAGAGCAAAUCAGAACAUUAUUGAAGAAUGAGAAAUUCCCAAUCGAAUUUUUCGAAAGGCUUGCUCGUACAAGCAAGGUAUCAACUGUAUUAUGCACGCAACUCGAGCAGAACCAAGAUUUGCUAGAACUCCUUUUACAAGAGAUCAAGCGCAAUCCCGUGCUCGAAGAACAAUUGAGUCAAAACGAACAAUUGGCAACUCAACACAAAUACAUUUUGAAGCAAUUUGUCUUACUGACAACCACAGGGGUCGGUAAUGAAUCUAGGGACAAGCUUAAAUACUUGUACUAUGAAUUGUUCCGUGAUACAUUUGAGAAGGUGGACAAAUUGUUAACGCAAGAAUUGCACAGCCUUCCACCAUGGGCAGCUCCCAUAGUCAAAGAUAUGAGAAAGUCCAACUUGAAAACUAACAGGAAAAUAAUGACUAACAGACUGUACUUUAACCUAUUAUUGGACGUUUACAGACCCUGGAAUUUCUUUACAGACAACACGCUUAUGAGAUACGUUGUGCCAAACCCAAGAACGGACAACAUCAUCCUUGGUAUACUGAAGAACUGCCUAUUGUUCGUUUUACUAUUUGUACCAAACUGUGAGAGACAAUUCGAAGAGAUUAUCGAGGAACGGUUGAUCGAGCAAUCCCAGGAAGAGGAACACGUUCAACUUGCCUAG